AUGGCAUCUCCCUUUGAGGAUCGCGAUGGUUACAUUGAAGAGAAUCACGAGCACAAAGUGGCGUCUCAGAAGCAGCAAAACGCACAGCAGAGGCGGGGACCGAUUCCGCCCGAAGUGAUGCAGUUCUGGGGAUACAAGUUCGAGACGCUCGCCACGCUCCCCAAUACCUGGGGCGAAACGCCCAGAGAAUACAUCGAGAACAGAGACGUCGAGGUGGUGAACAACAAGGCCCAAUACUGCUCCGUAGUAAGGACGGGUAUAGGACAAACCGUAAUCUGCAUAGGCGGCGAAGUCGACGCUGUCUGGGACUCGAAACCCCAGAAACAAGGCGCUCCCACAAACUGGGUCGAGCUCAAGACCAGCCUCGCCAUUCGCGACGACCGCGAUGUCGACAACUUCCACCGCAAGCUCAUGAAGUUCUGGAUCCAGUCCUUCCUCCUCGGCGUCCCCAAAAUCAUUGUCGGCUUCCGCAACCGCCACGGCAUCCUCACCGACGUCGAGGAGAUUGAGACGGAAAAGAUACCCGAUACCGUCCAGCGCCGCGGGAAAGCGACGUGGAACGGCGACAUGUGCGUCAACUUUGCCGCCGAGUUCCUCGUUUGGCUUCGGCAGACAAUCAACGACGACGGCGUCUGGAGGAUACGCAGGCGAGCGGGCGAGCCCACCGUCGAAGUCUUCAAAGUCGACGAGGCCGGGCACGGGGAGCUCUUGACGGACGACUUCAUCAACUGGAGAAUAAAGCUCUCCAUGAAAAACGUCCCACUGGUGGAGGAGCCAUAG